CUAUAAAUAAUUGGAAAGUAAAAAAAAAAAAAGAGGAAAUUAGAUUUUAAAAAUGCAGAAAAGCUGAGAAGUCUGGCUGUGCUUUUCUGCUCGAGUCUGAUAUUUUCUGAGCAGAGGAAGAAAAAGAAGCGAUGGGUUUCGUCCUAAUCUCUUGUCCCCCGUCCUCCCUCGUCCUUGUCUCUCGGCUUCACCAGUUCUCCGCCGGAAUCAAAAACAGUGAAAUUUCGGUUGGUCGUCAAGUUUCUCCGACCCGUAGAACCCUAAUUGCAAAACCAUGUUGUUUCAAUCUUCCUCAGGAACCUAUUCUCUCAGAGGCUCUCAAGGAGCCAAUUGCAUUUGUGGGUGGGAUGUUUGCUGGACUACUUAGACUCGAUCUAAACGAUGAACCGCUUAAGGAAUGGGUGACGCGAACUGUUGAAGCCUCUGGAAUUACGGAAGAGGAUGUUGGUGGAGAUGGGAUGGCCUCCAAAGAAGAAGAAUCUCCUCAGCAGAUUGAGAUUGAAUGAGGUCAUUGUCCUUUAGUAUGCUUGCCCUUGUGUAUGUAUGUGUUGUUUAUGUAUGAAGAAAACCUAAGGCUUUCAAGAUAUCUUGCCCCUAUGUGUCUUAAUAAAAUGAUGAAAACACUAAGAGAGUGGUCAUCUUGUAAUAGAACUGAAAGAAUAUUACAAUUUACUAUGUAUCA